UAGGGUCAUUUGUUUUUCUAAUAUAUCAACUAAACAUAUAGAACAAAACAAAAUAUGAUAUUGCUGAAAAGGAUGAUGAUAAAGGCACGUGCUUGUAGUUACAUUUACUUAUGUAUUCUGGUAGUACUUACUCCGGUGGAUCUCAACGACAGCAAUCAAGCAUCAGAAAAGGACACUCUCUGCAGUACUUGUAACUGGAGACAGAACAGCAAAUUUUCAAGAUUAGAAGCUAUAAAAAUACAGAUCCUAAGCAAACUAAGACUGGAACAAGCACCUAAUAUCAGUAAGGAUGCAAUAAAACAUCUUCUGCCUAAAGCUCCACCGUUAGAAGAGCUGAUUGAUCAGUAUGAUGUCCAAAGUGAUGACAGCAGUGAAGGAUCUUUAGAAGAAGAUGAUUAUCACGCCACCACUGAAACCAUUAUCACCAUGCCCAUAGAGCCUGAUUUUGUUACACAUGAAAAGCAAAAAUGCUGCUACUUCAAAUUUAGCUCUAUAAUACAAUAUAAUAAAAUAGCAAAGGCUCAGCUAUGGAUAUAUUUUAAACCUGUCCAAAAACGCACCACAAUUUUUGUACAGACCUACAGAUUACCCAGAUAUUUGAAUGAUAAUUUGCGGUCUACUGGAAUCAGACCACUAAAGCUUGAAAUUAAUCCUGGAGCCGGGAUUUGGAAAAGCAUUGAUGUGAAAACUGUUCUUCAAAAUUGGCUUAAACAACUUGAAUCCAAUAUUGGCAUUGAAAUCAAGGCUACUGAUGAAAACGGAAGAGAUAUUCCAGUUGGCCAUCGUGGCUCAAAUGAAGAUGGACUGAAUCCAUUCAUAGAGGUCAAAGUUAUGGACACUCCAAAAAGAUCCCGUAGAGAUUUUGGCCUAGACUGUGAUGAGCAUUCUACAGAGUCCCGGUGUUGUCGAUAUCCACUGACUGUAGAUUUUGAAGCCUUUGGAUGGGACUGGAUUAUUGCACCAAAAAGAUAUAAAGCCAAUUACUGCUCCGGGGAAUGUGGAGUUGUAUUUUUGCAAAAAUAUCCUCAUACACAUCUGGUUCAACAAGCAAAUCCUAGGGGUUCAGCAGGCCCCUGCUGUACGCCAACUAAAAUGUCUUCGAUCAACAUGUUGUAUUUCAAUGAAAAUGAACAAAUUAUCUAUGGGAAAAUCCCUGCAAUGGUGGUAGAUAGAUGUGGUUGUUCCUAAGUAUUGUAUUCAUUCUCCAAUAAUAAGAUACAUGUUUUGAUUUACUUCAAAGUUAAGGAACUGUGGCAAUUUGUAACGUCAGGAACAGUGGAGGAUGUAAACUUUAAAUGAUGGGAGGGGUGGUCAAAGAAAGCGUUUAUGCUUAGUGCAAUUUUCCAGACUUUACCCCUGACAGAAUCACACUAUUUUAAAUCCAUUAGCCAAAACAUUCCCUAAAGUAUAUAUGUAAGUAUCAUGGUAUAAAUUGCCCACAUAUUAACACAUACAGUUCUCAAGUGAUAGAAUCAUAUGGUAGUGCCAGCCAUAUUAACGAACUUACAAUAGAACCAUCCAUAAUACUUGUAUUAGUGGCAGUCCCAUAUCAUAAAUGUGAUAAUAGUGUCUAUAUAACAGUUUCAGACACAUCCACAUCCUUGUAACAGCUAUAGUUCCCAUACAGUUAAUCCACAUCAUUGUCCAAUGCAAAACAGAAGGUCACAUGUGGAGAGCAUUGGCUGGUUGUUGCUCCCUUUUGAUUUCCUCUGCCAGAUAUCAGAGAUUAGCAUUAGAAAAAUAACACUGGAGGAAUGAAAUGAUAAAAUUUAAUUAUGGAUACUAAAAGGGUUUUUGAGAAUGUUAAAUGACCGUGCAUAACUUUGUAUCUUAAAGAAGUAUU